UUUCCCUCAUCUUUCAAUUCACAUUCUUCGACUCCUCCUCCUUAACAAAAAAAGAAGAAGAAGAAAAGGGAAUGGUAGAAAUAGUAUACAGUAUAUAGUAUAGAUUGUUGAUUGUAUUCGAAGAAUGGAGGGGUGGUUCUCAAGCUCACGCAGUGACGAUGAUGAGCAGAAAUCAGCAGCACCUUCAUCCUCAUCUUUGCUUGCUGAUUGGAACUCGUACGCUUCAUCGCAGGACAACUCCAAUUCCAACUCCAAUUUGGGGAUCCCAUUCGAUCUCGAAUCUGCUGUUAGGUCUGCUAACGACACUGUCACUGGAACUUUCAACGUGGUUUCUAAAGGUGUGAGAGAUAUACCUGGCAACUUUCAGUCGGCCACUAGCAGUGUUCCUUCUGGGAAAGCACUAGUGUAUUUUAGCUUGCUUCUGGCAAGUGGAGUCUUCUUCGUUUUCAUUGCAUUUACCUUGUUCCUGCCUGUGAUGGUGGUUAUGCCUCAAAAGUUUGCAAUAUGCUUUACACUUGGGUGUGGAUUUAUUAUUGGAUCAUUCUUUAUUCUCAAGGGUCCAAAGAAUCAGCUUGCUCACAUGUUUUCAAAGGAGAGGCUCCCUUUCACACUGGGUUUUAUAUGUAGUAUGUUUGGUACCAUAUAUGUAUCAAUGGUGCGUCACAGCUACAUUCUCUCUGUUGUAUUCUCUGUCGUACAGGUUCUCUCACUUGGAUACUAUUGUAUAUCAUAUUUUCCUGGUGGAUCUGCUGGAAUGAGAUUUUUGACUUCUUCCCUCACGUCAAAAAUAAUGAAAUGUUUUGGGAGGUGAUUUGUUUUUUUGGUUAAUGGGAGGUGAGGCUAGACCCGUACUUUGUCUAUAUGUCAGCUGAAGCUUUGAACUGACCCAGGAAUAUUGCUGAGAUGAAGCAUCAAGUAACACCUCCUAAGUUUUCAAUGUUUGUUGCCACCUCUGAAUGAGAAAAUUGAUUUUUCCUAUUUGUCUCAAGUUUCUAAUUGCAUAUUAACAUUAUCUGAUUGAUGAACUACGGACGUCUGUUGCUUUCAUCCUGUUCCCUCCCUUCUCCAGAAUGGAAUAUAAAAUAGUUUUUCUUGAA